AUGUAUAAAAUGGAAUAUUCUUACCUCAAUUCCUCUGCCUACGAGUCCUGUAUGGCUGGGAUGGACACUUCGAGCCUGGCUUCAGCUUAUGCUGACUUCAGUUCCUGCAGCCAAGCCAGUGGCUUUCAAUAUAACCCUAUAAGGACCACUUUUGGGGCCACCUCUGGCUGCCCAUCCCUCACUCCAGGAUCCUGCAGUCUCGGCUCUCUUAGGGACCACCAGAGCAGUCCAUACGCAGCAGUUCCUUACAAACUCUUCACCGACCACGGGGGUUUAAACGAGAAGAGGAAACAGAGGCGGAUCAGAACUACGUUCACCAGCGCCCAGCUCAAGGAGUUGGAGAGGGUGUUCGCAGAGACUCAUUAUCCUGAUAUAUACACCCGGGAGGAGCUGGCACUCAAGAUAGACCUCACCGAGGCGAGAGUGCAGGUCUGGUUCCAGAACCGCCGCGCCAAAUUCCGCAAGCAGGAGAGGGCGGCGGCGGCGGCGGCGGCGGCCGCCAAGAACGGGGCGGCCGGCAAGAAGUCCGACGCCUCCCGGGACGACGAGAGCAAGGAGGCCAAGAGCACCGACCCCGACAGCACCGGCGGCCCCGGCCCCAACCCCAACCCCGCUCCCAGCUGCGGCGGAGGCGGUGGCGGCGGACCCAGCCCCGCCGCCGGGCAGGGAGCGGCAGGGCCCGGCGGACCGGGGGGCGAGCCGGGCAAGGGAGCGGCGGGGCCCGGCGGGCUGGCGGCGGCGGGGCCGGGGCAGGGCUGGGCGCCGGGGCCCGGGCCCAUCACCUCCAUCCCCGACUCGUUAGGCGGCCCCUUCGCCAGCGUCCUCUCCUCGCUGCAGCGGCCCGGAGGCACCAAAGGCAGCCUCGUCAAGAGCGGCAUGUUCUGA